UGACCGACUCUGCUAGACGCGUCGUAUCAAAAAUAUUCGUAAAAAUCUUUCUUCUUCUUUACUCUCUCUCGCUCUCUCUCUCUCCAUCGAUCAUAAUGGGAAUAUGUGUGUCGUUCAAUCAGAAAAACCCAGAUACUUCGCCGACGGUGAAGAUCGUGACGGUUAACGGCGAUCUACGUGAGUACAAUGUUCCGGUAAUAGCAUCUCAGGUUCUUGAAGCCGAGUCAGCAGCAGCUUCGUCGUCUUCGUCUUCCUCUAGACCUUCUUCUUACUUCAUCUGCGAUUCCGACUCACUCUACUACGACGACCACAUCCCGGCGAUAGAAUCCGAAACGCCGCUUCAGGCCGACCAGAUCUACUUCGUCCUACCGGUUUCUAAACGUCAGAACCGUUUAACGGCGUCCGAUAUGGCUGCUCUCGCCGUUAAAGCGAGCGUCGCGAUACAGAACUCCGUCGGGAAAGAAUCACGUCGGCGGAAGAAGGUUAGAAUAUCUCCGGUGAUGAUGUUGACGGGUUCUAACGAUUCGGGGAAUGAGACGACGGUUAAGAAAGGAUCACGGUCGGUUGUGAGUAAAACUGCGCCGUUUAAAGGUUCGGGUGGUUUUAACCGGUCCGGUUCGGUUCGUAAUUUGAGGAGAUAUACUUCGAGACGAGCUAAGCUUGCGGUUCGAUCUUUUAGGUUGAAGCUUUCAACCAUCUAUGAAGGCUCCGUCGUUUAGGAUGCUUUCAGUUUUUGAGGAAUAAAUAAAUAAAUUAGAAAAGAGAAAAGAAUGAAAACAUUAUUAGAAGAAGCAGAUAUUUUUUUUUCUUUUGUUACACACUGAUGAUAUAGUUUUUUUUACACGAAGAACAAAUUUGUAUAUUUCUUCUUAUACUUUUGAUUGUGUAUUUUGGUCAUUGUAGACUAGAAAUCAAUCAAUCAUAUAUUUGUUUACAAGAAAAUUAUAUAUA